UAAGACGCUUCAUCACGGUCGAAAUAGUUGUUAUCUUUUUGUGGAAAACAUUAACCUCAAGUUAAAAAGUGUAAACUAAUUUCCGUCGUUUGAGCUUUUUAUUUUCAAUAUGAGAAAAUUAAUGGAAUUUACAAUCUAUCUAUUUGGUGUGUUGGCUGUUGCAAACGGGUGUUCUGAGCCUGAGGGUGGUUACAAAGAGCCGACGCCGGCGUCCAAUGUGUUUUUUUCAAAACAUGUCGUCGUCGGUGAAGUAACUGAGAUCAUACGACCUGAUCCUUUGUUCGGAGAUACGUUUGACAAUAGUACCUACGGUGCCAGUGUAACGGUCCAGUGUACAUACAAGGGCGGACCACUACCCGGGAGUAUCCAGAUAGGCGGGGCAGGUUUCACACCCGGCCAUUGCAGAGCGCUGGACCUGGUAAAAGGACAGAAGUAUGUGAUGUUUCUAGAAGCAAAAGACGAGAGUAGCGAUUCAUACCAACAAACCCCUGAACAGCCAGCAGUCUCAAAGAGUAAACUGAUGGACUAUUUGAAUGUGUGUGACCUAUACAUGCAGUACCCUGAAGAGAAUGGAAUAACGCUGAAGCGUCAAGUGUGUCCAGAAGAAAGUAAACUUAACAAAUGUCAGCGGCACACAGAAACAGAUGCGGCUGCGACAGUAAUGGCGUCGUUAUCCGCAAUGUUGUUUUGUGUAGCAGUUCAGUUAUUGUAGUAGAAAGUGAGACAUUUGACGUCAAAUCCUUCGUGUUAAAUCUUAUUUCCCUGGGAAAGUUCCGAUGACAGUUACGUAUAGGAUAAUGUUGUCAUUAUAUACAGCCAUCGUUCAUCCAUCGCCCAAUUACGAAAGCGCAAUUGUAAUAUAAUAGGAUAGUAGGAUUAUAGGAUGGCGAUUCUAGGAUAGCGAUAGUUGGAUAUUGAUGAUAGGAUGGUAUAUUGCAAUUAUACUUUUUAUACAAUCGGAUGGUAGGAUGGAAUUCUGCAGUUAUACUUUUUUUAUACAAUCGCCACAUCCUACCAUCACUAUGUUACUGUAUCCUGUAGGCUAUUAAAAUCAUUUGAUAUUGUCAAAAUGUCUCUCAUAUCAGUCAGUCUAAAAGUAUUUAUAAGAUAUAAAGUAAUGACAUAAUGAAAUAACUGUUUCGUUCAUACCCCACCGUCAUCCAUCGCCAAAUUGCAAAAGCACGACGGUAAGAUAGUGGGAUAGUAGGAUAGUGUGAUAGUGGUGGAAACAUAGCAGGAUUGUUGAACACACCGAUAGAAGGAUAGCCAUCAUAGGCUGAUAGUUUGCCAUCCUACUAUCAUUAUCUUUCUAUCGCCAUUCUACUAUUUAUAUCCCACCACCUAGUCUGUGUUCAGACACAGGAGAUAACUCAUGAGGCUAUUCGAAUUUUGUAUAAUUAUGUCCCUUUUCUUCUCAAAAAACUGGAGAUAAUCAGAGCAAAGACUGAUGAAGUCAGAAUAAAUAAAAGAAUCAUUUUUUCUUCGUCAAAUCAUAUACCCGUUAUUUAGUGACUCUUGUCCUACUACGUUAAGUGUAUUAGAACGGAAUCGGGGUCAGUUUAUUCAAAUCCUACCGUCGUCCAUCGCCCACUUUGCAAAGCCCGACGGUAGGAUAGUAAAUGUUAGAUGGUAGGAAAGUAUGGUGACGGAAUAAAAGGACGGCAAUAGUAAGAUGACAUGGUAGGAUAAGAGUAUAGUUGGAUGGUAGGACAUGAACGCAGCAGAAUGAUAGGUUAGACAGCAGGAUGGCAAUAUUUCAAUAUAUCCUACCAUUGUUAUCCUACCAUCCUAGAAUCGCCAUCCAGCUAUCCGACCAUCACUAUCCUACUGACCUAUUACUCUAACACACUGCUUUGUUAAUUUGGCGAGUGGCGAUGGCAGCAGAAUAGCAGACGAACGCUUAAAGUGAAUAACUACGUAUGAUUAUAUAAAAGAUAAAAGGCAAUAAUAGGAUGUGACAGGAUAACUAAACGGCGAUGGUAGAGAAGUGUGAUAGCGAUGAUAGAGUCGCAUGAUAAGAGGAUAAUAGGAUAGCGAUGGCAGGAUCGUAAGAUUGCGAUAGUAUAAUAUUUCAUCCUAACAUCCUGCUAUUGCUAUCCUGCUACAAUAAUUCUACUGUCAUACAUCGUCUUCCUAGUAUUCAACUAUCCUAUCAUCCUACCACAAUUGUCUUCUUUUGACUUCGCAAAUUUGAUGGUUUGUAUGUAAACUAGUUACUCUCCUAGGGAAUUUGUUGUACCAUUUUUACUUGAUUAUUUUUAUUGUAUUUCUUUUUUUGUGACAAGGCUUUUGAAUAAUCAAGCGAUGCGGCCCUCUGAUAGCUCUUUUGUAUAUUGCAUUUAUUAUAUACGCUAUAGCAUAAAUUGUAUCUAUUAUUUUACUAUAUACACUGUGCAGUAAAAGAUAUAUACAGCUUUGUAAAAUGGUGUUAAUGUGUGUUUACUUUGGCUUACUAGUAAAAGGCUCGGACACCAUGUUUAUUGCUUUAAAUGUUUAAUACGAAAUAUGCAUGCAAAUGCUAAUUGUAAGUCGCUUAACCCUUGUCAUGCUGGACACGAUUGGUUCUGAUUUGCAACCAGUAUAGGUCAUUAGCAGUCUGCACAUCUAUGCAGUCUGAUCAGGAUCUGCACUGUUCAGUCUGAGUGUCAACAAUUUACAAUAUAUUUUGUAUAUCUCAUCGUAUGUUCUGUGGCCAUCUCACCACGAGCAGUUCAGUUUGUUGAGAGUUUAAAGGUGAAAUAAGUAAUAUUCAUUUUCAGCUUUAACAUUAAAAUAUUUGAUUUUUAUACAUAUACACACUAAUAUCACACUCUAUAAACGACUGUAUUCCCCCUCUUCCUGUUGCGACCGAUCAAAACAAUAAACUGACGGCUAAAUGUUGAAAAACACAAUUUUAAAGCGACUGAUAAUUAUGCUUUGAUGGUAUGUAUAUUUAAAUUUUAUUGGAAGCUGGACAUGAUUUGUUUCUGUAUAUAAUGUGUUAGACUGAUUACAGGUAAAAUUCUAGCAAAAAUCUCGAUUGAUCACUGAUUUUGUCCAGAAAUUGUACAUUGUCGGCGUCAAAAGUACAUAUUUUCUUGAUUGAAGAAUGAUCCACAUGUAAAUCCCACUAUUUCAUGGAUAAAGAAACAAUACUAGUUUGGUAAAAUCAAAUAAAAUCAUUGCUAAAGUC